AUGGCGGCGGUGAGAGUGGCGGCGGAUUACCCGAAGAAGCGGGCGGGUCGGCGGGUGUUCAAGGAGACGAGGCACCCGGUUUACAGGGGUGUGCGGAGGAGGAACAACGACAAGUGGGUCUGCGAGCUCCGCGACCCGAACCGGAACUCCAGGCGGAUCUGGCUGGGCUCGUACCCGACUCCGGAAAUGGCGGCCCGGGCUCAUGACGUGGCGGCGCUGGCCUUCCGCGGGGUGUCCGCGUGUCUCAACUUCGCGGAUUCGGCCUGGAGGCUUCCCGUGCCGGUUUCGGCGGAGGCAGGGGAUGUCAGGAAGGCUGCUGCCCUGGCGGCGGAGAUGUUCCGGGGCUGGGAAUCCGGAUCGGAUCAGGAUUUGGAUUUUGGUGAAGAUAGUAACGAUGAAGAGAAGGAGGAGAAGAAGAGAAGUACUUAUUGCUUUGUGGAUGAAGAAGCGAUAUUUGAUGUUCACGGGUUGAUCGCCGGGCUCGCGGAAGGGCUUCUAAUCCCUCCGCCGGAUUAUGUUCAGGCGGAGGAAGAAGAAGAUGAAGGGAGCUGUUUUGAUCCAUUGAUUCUCUGGAAUUAUUCUAUUUAA